AUGAUUCUACCAGUGGUGUUCCUGUGUCUCACGGCUGUGCUGCCUCCAUCCACUGCAGAGGAACCUGAAGGUCUUGAUGCUUUGUCAACUAGCAGAGCUGAUCAGCAAAAGCUGAUUGUUGACAAACAUAAUGCCCUCAGGAGAGCAGUAAAACCAACUGCCAGCAACAUGUUGAAGAUGGAAUGGUCUCGUCCAGCUGCAGAGAAUGCCCAAAAAUGGGCCAAUCAAUGUACUUUAACUCACAGUCCUGUUAACAUGAGGACAACCAAUGUACCAUGUGGUGAAAAUCUCUUCAUGUCUUCUGCCCCUUUCUCAUGGCCAUACGCUAUUCAGGCCUGGUACAAUGAGGUGAAAGAUUUCAAAUAUGGAACUGGAGCAACAACACGAGGUGCUGUGAUUGGCCAUUACACUCAGGUGGUUUGGUCUAAGUCUUCUCAAAUUGGAUGUGCUGUCGCCUACUGUCCCAACCGUGAAUACAAAUACUUCUAUGUCUGCCACUACUGCCCUGCGGGAAAUCUGAUAAGUUCAAUUCCGACACCCUACAAAGCAGGACCACCCUGUGGCGACUGCCCUAAUGCUUGUGAUAAUGGAUUGUGCAGCAAAUGGGAAGUUUUUGCAAUUAAUUGGUUCAAACACAGGGCAAAAAGCACUAUUAUAGAACCACUCUUCGCCAUGCUAGGUGCUUUACCUAGGAGGGAUGAUUUGUGGAGUGAAGCCAAAGACAAAGGAGUUUAUAAAAAGGGUGGGAAAAUACGGAUUUUCCUGACUUUAAGUGUGUGUCCACCUGCUCUGCUGCAGCAGUUUGAUGGACAG